AUGGUGUGCAUCAGGCGGCAGCACCGCGCCACCGCCCUGCACUCACUGUUCUUCUUCGGCCUGCCGCUCAGCAACCUGAGGAAGGAUUGGAACUCGGCCGUGCCCGGCCCAGAGUUCACGGAGUCGUCGAAGUUCCUGAUGGACUGGAUCUUCACGGCCUACAACGACAUGCUGAUGGCCGAGAACAAGAUGUCCUCGAAGAAGGGCCUCGUCAUCACCUUCGACGCCAACAACCUGCAGAACAGCGACCCGCUGCUCAUGCG